AUGUUCUUAUCUGAAGAAGAAAAAGAGCCUAUGCAAAUGUUUGGGCUUGGUAGUAUAUUUAACCACUCAGAUGAAGUUUUGAUUCCUGAAGAUCCCUUGAUUGCUCAGGAUCUUUGUAGCAAAAAUUGAGAUUCUUUUUCUGCAAAUUUGAAAGAACUAGAACAAUCAUUUUCCUCCUCCAAAGAUGAAAAAUCGAACAUAAAAGUGUCGAUAAAAGAAAAAUAGAGAAAAAGGUAGGAUACGAUCCAAAAUUUCUCGUGAGAGAAAGAAGCAAUAUAUCCAAGAACUCGAAAUAAAAGUUAAUAAACUCACUAAGGAAAACCAGAGACUGGUGGCACUUCUCAUGCAACAGAAAAGUAAUACUAAACCUGAAUCAGGGCCUGACAGAAUACUCACAGACAUUCAAAUUGAGCUGAAGAAAAAUAUUGACCAAUUAUCUAAUUUAGACACAGACGACUCUAAAAAUGAAACUCAUCCGACAAUUAAUGGCUUUUGCAGGCAACAAGGAAAUGAUUUAAGAAAGAAAUUUGCUUGUUUUCUAGAUCAAACUUUUAAACUAAUUAUCAACCAUCCAUAUCCCGCUCCAAGAUUCAAAUAUUGGAAAGGGUGGACUAAAGAGUAUUCUACAGACUAUGAAACCAUUAAAAAGUUAAACAGGUGUUCCAAGUAUAAGGUCCCUGAGUUCAUCCAGAAGCAUAAUAUUUCUGAGCUAGACCAAUUCGUAGCAUCUUUAAAGCCAAGUCAAAGGCAGUUUAAAUACUUGAAACUUGUAUUGAAGAAAGAGUUCCAGGUCAAGCAAAAGAUCUCGGAAGUUAUUAACAUGCUUUUAAGAGCCAAGAAGUUGAUCCACGAAGCUAAUUUUGACCUUCUCUGUUGAUCUUGAUUGAUAUUCAGAUCGAACAUAUUCACAGACAAGGUGCUAAUGCAGUCGAGGUUUGCUGAGAACUUUCUCGUCGAGGAAAAUGCCUUUGAGAACAUCUGGAACAUAAAAACAGUCCCCAAAAUCUACAAGGUAGAUCUUCGCAAGGAUGAGUACCUUGGCAAACUUGCUAAAAAUCAGUUGUCAAAGUCUGACUACAGCGUUGAAUACAACUUCCAGGAUUUUAUUAGAGCUGAAUAGGGGUUUCUCGAUAUAAUAUUUUUCAAUAUU